CUAUAUAAACAACCUCGCAUUCUCAUCACGUAUAAUUAACUUUUUUUAAUUUUCUUUCCAAUUUUUACCAUUGUAAUGAAGCCAUGGAAUACCUUGGUAUACAAGGAUAAGAAGCAGUGCUGGGCCUUGAAAGCCACCACAUACCAACUCUUCAGCACACUUCACUGUUUCAACCCAUCUUUGAAUCAUAAAAUUUGGCGGCCAUUUGCAGCAGAUUUUUGAUUCUAGGGUUUUUAAGGGUUUGAAAUUUUUUUAAUCUCGGGGACUUCAAGAAAAACCGUAGCUAAAAUUGGGGUGUCAGGUUUAUGGAGGCUUCUGCCCACAUGAUUAGCAAUAAUGGUAGGUUUCCCGUCAGCCAGAGCCCUAUGAGGCAGCAGCAAUCGGGUCCUCCUGCAAUGCAGAACAACAGUAAUAACUUUAUCAAUUCUAAGCACUUUGGAGGUGGAGGCCGUGGUGGCGCAAUGGUGCCGAGGCCUGGUUAUGGCGCCCAUGGUAUAGGGCACAAAAGGGAUAGUAGCGGCUUCGAUGUUGGACAGCGAGGUUCUCAAGCUUCUGCUGAUGGUGGUGCCUUUGUCAAACUAUUUGUGGGACAUCUACCCAGAACUGCCACAGAGGAGGAUAUACGUCAAUUAUUUGCACAACAUGGGAAUGUUCUUGAAGUUUCUAUGGUUAGAGAUCAAAGAGUUGGCCAGCAACACGGCUGUUGUUUUAUUAAGUAUGCAACUGUUCUAGAGGCAGAGAGAGCCAUCAGUGCUUUCCACAAUCGGCACACAUUACCGGGGGGCACAAGUCCUUUACAAGUCAGAUUUGCUGAUGGUGAACGCGAACAGAUUGGUACGAUGGAGCAUAAAUUGUUUGUUGGUUCAUUGAAUAAACUUGCAACAGAAAAGGAUAUUGAGGAGAUCUUUGCUGAGUUUGGCCCUGUUGAUGACAUAUAUAUCAUGAAGGAUGAACAGAAGCAGAGCAGAGGGUGUGCAUUUGUUAAAUAUCCAUCUAGAGAAAUGGCAGCAGCAGCUAUUAACAAAUUACAUGGAUCUUUCACAAUGAAGGGAUGCAAUCAACCUUUGACCGUACGGUUUGCAGAGCCGAAAAGACCUAAAGUUGGAGAUGCAAGAAAUGGCCCCAUGUUUGGAGGACCGGGCUUUGGUGCUGAAGCACAGAGGCCAUUUGGAUCCAGGCCUACUGUGAGUGGUGGAGGGCACACAGGAGGACGGGGUGUACCUGGAAACUGGCGGCCCAUGGGUGUAGCAAAUAUGAGAAUCCCAUCUCCACAAGUUGGAUCCCAUCCUUAUGGUAGGCCAUCAACUCCUAGUGGAAGAUCAGGAUCUGUAGGAGGACAUUCACCAUCGGGAUUACAUGUGAUGUCGGGUGAUAAUCAGGUUGGAUCUAUCAGUGGUUCCCAGAACUCAAUAAAUGGUACUAUUGAGGGACCUGUUCAUGUGUCUGCUCCAGUAGGAGGCCCUGCAAGGCUGACUGCCCCUUCUCCGCAGCAGGGUUAUAAUUCAUCUUCUUCACAGCAUCAGGCUCAAGUUCAAGGUUGGUUACCACCAGUGCAGCAAACACACCAAAUGCAGCAACAGUUGCAACCACCAUACCAAAAUCAACAUCAAUCCGCGCAAUCUCAUUCACAAUUGCAGACUUCACAGCAAUCAUUGAAUUUGCAGCAAUAUGGUCAGCAUGUGCAAUCCUCUCAACUUCAUAACCAACAGCCAACACAAUCUCAAUUACAAAUGCAGGCCCAGCAAUCUUUACAGCAAUAUGGUCAACAGGUGCAACAACCCUUACAACCACAUUCACAACAACCCACACAAUUUCAUUCACAAUUGCAGGCCCAGCAGUCUUUGCAACAGUAUGGUCAACAGUUGCAAUCUUCACAACAACAUGUUCAACAAGCCCCAUUUGGUCAUGCACCAGCUUCACAGCAACAACCAUCUACAUAUGGGCAAUUGCCUGUUUCUCAGUCUCAAAUCCAGCCAAAUGUUGCUUCCUCUCUUCAGCAGAUUCCUCCUAGCAUGCCAUUACCAAGCGUACAUCCCCAAACUCAGCAGCAACUAUCACAACAGCAGCCCUCUAGUCAGAUAUUACAACAACAGGUGCCUGCUGCGCAGAGCAAUAUUCAAUCCCAACAGCAUCUUUCAUUUCAACAGCAGCUGCAGUCGCCUCUGGUACCACCACCUUUAGUGCAGGCUACAACGCAAUCCCAGCAGCAACCACUCUUGAUGCGCCCUCAGCAACAACAGCCUUAUUACCAAGUGGCUCCAACGCAACAAGCUGGACUGCAACAACCAUGGACAUUUUCAGCACAGCCACAAGGAAUAGUGACAACUAGCUCUACCAGUACACUUCCUAUGACUGCCGAAGCCAAAUCUGCUGCAGCUGUGGCACCUGUUAGUGUUCCUAGUCCUGCUUCAUUGACUUGUGUCUGGACAGAGCAUACUUCUCCAGAGGGAUACAAAUAUUAUUAUAAUAGUGUGACUGGUGAAAGCAAGUGGGAGAAGCCAGACGAGCUGACAAAAUUUGAGCAACAAAAGCAAUUGCAACAGACACAGCCUCAGCCUCAGCCACAGCUACAACAGCCUCAUCAACAGCCGCAGCCUCAAUUGCUGCAGCCCCAGCAACAACAGCAGCCUCAGCUGCAGCAGCCCAAUGCACAACAGCAACCACAGCUACAGCAGGCCCAGCAACAACAUCAGCCUCAACUACAGCAACCCCAGCAACUUGUGCAACCUUCAUUAUCAACUAGUCUCAAUUAUGGACAAUUACCGGGCUCAAAUGAUACGGGCAGUGCACCGCAUCAAUAUAUGCAACAGCAGAGCUUGUCUGCACCACAGGAUUGGACCUGGAAAUCCAGGCCUGCAGGUGCAUAACUGAGUUGGCUGGAUUGUUUGAAGCUCCAAGCAUUUAUCGUUGCAAGUAUCUACACCAGCAUACAUCUUUGACAGAAAAGAUAUAAUCUUAUUAAAUCAAUGUCACUGACUUAGGGUGACUGGCUCAUAAGUCCAGAUGUCACACCUAAAAAUCAAAUUAAAUUUUUAGAUGCCAUGCCUGUUAGAGGUUAUGUAGAAGAUAUACAAGUUCUUGGUUCAUGCCAUAACGGAUUUAGAUUAGAUGUGAGCCAAUAUAAAAAAUGUUUUGAAUGUUGGAAAUCAGAGAGCCUAAUGUACCGGAGUGUAAUGGAAAACUAUUUUGAAAAUAUCUGGCGAAGCUUAUGCACCAAUAUAUUUAGCUGGGUCCAAGAUGCAUUUGUGUUGCUUUUGUUCUAAAUUGUUCUGUUUCGAAGUUGAA